AUGCAUCUCAGGGUGCAGGAUGCGUUGCAGGUGUGCAGCGUCGUCUGGAAGGGCCCAUGGGUGCCCGUCCGCAUCAAGACGUCAACAACAGACCCGUGUGACAGCAGGAGGCACUGCGUCUUCUCCUGGUCUCACGCAAUGAAUUCAUUGAAUGACAAUCGCCACUGUGAGGAUAGUGUUCUAUUCUUUGCGCACGGUAAUAUCCUUGCCGAGGAGGCUAUCCCUGCUGCUGUCCAACUGCAUGCGGAUCGUCUGCUCGUCCGGCCACUGGAGGGUCCGUUGAUUGUGCCCCCAUUUGCCACGAGCAGCGUUUGCAGUUGGUUCACGGUGCCUGCUGGGCAUCUUUCCGCUGGUGUUGCCGUUUCUGUCAUAGCGCAGUGCGUGGCUGCUGUGCUGGGUGGUGUGUGGGCACUGCCGUGCGCCACGCUGGAGGAUGGCCGUCCAGUCGCUGGCGCCAUGCACUUUGCCUGUUAG